AUGGACGAUCGGAGGAAGAAGCUUGAGGCGCUGGCGCAAGCGCGCCGAGCCGGAAUCCCGCCAGCUGCAGCUCCGACGUCGGGCGCGGUCGGCAACCGGAAGGAGGGCCGUUCCAGCUCCGGCAAGAACGGGGGAGAUCGAGCGAGCAAGCCAGACAAGAAACAUCAUUCGGGGGGGAAGGGCAAGGAGGCAAAGAAGCCAAAACGAAAGGGGUCGGAUUACGAGGACGACGACGAUGAGGAAAGCGAGGGGUUUGACGGGAGCGAGGAGGAGGAGGAGGAGGAGGAGGAGGAGGAGGAGGAGCGGAGGCCGAAGAAGACUCAGCAGCAACGCCAUCUUAGUAGCUCUCCUCUGCAGCCCAUCAGUGCGGCAGCAACACACCAGUAUGCCCAAUAG